UACGGAGAAGACGGUGUACGCGACCCACCGGAAACUGGAGACCAGCGCGGGAAGAGCGGGACUUCGCUUUUGCACGAGCUUUGCCACCCUGCUUGCCACGACCAGACAUAUUCAACUGAUAGUCAAGAAAUACAGCACCAGCCAGAAAGAAAGCUGACGGUUACGGCCCCUCAACGGCCAGCAAGCCCUUAUAUAUGAUCAGGAGGAAGGCUAGACCGCACCUUUCUAUUGGAUGGCAGCACUAGCCAAUCAGAAAAAGAAACCGGCAUGUCCUAAUUUGCAUAUACCUUGCCCCCCCUCCGAUGACAUAAUGUGCAAUUGUAUUCAAUCGAAGCCAGUCAUAUCUGAUCCCUCAUUUGAAUACGAGGCGUACAAAUAGAGUUGGUACGUCGGACGCGCCCGUUUCUCCAGACCAGGUAGCCACUAUGCCUGAUCCUUCUAAAUCUGCUCCAGCCCCCAAGAAGGGUUCCAAGAAGGCUGUCACCAAGGCUCAGAAAAAGGAUGGCAAAAAACGCAAACGGGGACGUAAGGAAAGCUACUCCAUCUAUGUGUACAAGGUGCUGAAGCAGGUGCACCCCGACACCGGCAUCUCGUCCAAGGCCAUGGGCAUCAUGAACUCCUUCGUCAACGACAUUUUCGAGCGCAUCGCCAGCGAGGCCUCCCGCCUGGCGCAUUACAACAAGCGCUCGACUAUCACGUCCCGAGAAGUGCAGACGGCCGUGCGUCUGCUGCUGCCCGGGGAGCUGGCCAAGCAUGCCGUUUCCGAGGGCACUAAGGCUGUCACCAAGUACACCAGCUCCAAAUCUGCACUAGCGGUAUACUGGAACCCGGGUUGAAAAGCUGGUCAAAGGGAGCUGUCUCAUCUGACUGCUAACAGGCAGUUCACAGGGAGGAAAUGUCUCCUCUGUAACUUCCAGAAACCUACUUGGCUUCACACCUACAAUAGCAUGCCACCUCCCCCUUUCCACAUAAAAGGAUUUUUGAUCACUC